AUGCUGUUGAUUUUUCUGUCCCUGGUCUGCGAAGUAGUCUCCGCCGUGUCGUUUCCUCCACCAACAGGACCGUAUCACGUAGGAUAUAAACAGCAUGUAUUCAACAAAACCACACCAAAUGACCCCGUGGCUCCAGCGAACGCUUCGUCAAUUCUGCUAGCGACAUUUUACUACCCGACCUUGACUAUCCCGAUACCUGGAAAUAACACGAGUCCUUACCUUGAUCCCACUACCGCAGACCUCUGGGGCGAUGCCCUUCAGUACCCAAAUCAUUCGCUCCAAAGCUUCACAACCUGGAACGUAUACGAUGCUGUGCCUCUCGAUAUGACAGAUCUUGGUGUAGGGCAGAAGCCAACCGUCAUCUUCUCCCCAGGCGGUGGCGAGAACGCAAUCAUGUAUAACGCAUUGAAUUCCGAGCUUGCCUCCCAAGGCUAUACAGUGAUCGCGCUUGAUCAUCCAGGAGAGACUCCUUAUCUUCAGCUUCCCGAUGGUGCACCAGGCAUCUAUGGUAUCGAUAUCACAGAGACUUGGAGCUACGAACUUGGAGUAGCUGUGUACAACAUGCGCGUUUCCGAUACUAUUGCGACAAUCAGAGAACUUUUCCCCGCCUAUGUCAAAUCGACUAACGCCCCGUUCAAUACUACGCACUACUUCGCUAUUGGACAUUCGCUUGGUGGUGCGGCAGCAGCUGGUGCCCUGGCUAUCGAACCUUCACUCUUAGGCGGCAUCAAUUUCGACGGUCUCUUCAUAGACCUUUCUGACGUGAAAAAACCAUUCUUGAUGCUGGCUGGUGCGGAACAUACUCCAGCCGUUGAUCCUUCGUGGGCUCCUUUCUCUGCCAACCAGUCGGGAUGGUACCAGUGGCUUAAUGUCACAGGCAGCAGUCACCAGAACUUUGCCGACCUGGGCGACUGGGUCGAUCUGCAAGGUCUAAGGAACAAGACGAUCACACCCUCAUUGGACACGAUCUGGGCCCCGAGGAUGGAUUACAUCGUCAAGACGCUUGUAGAAAGAUUUUUCGGUUUUGUGUUGGGUGAGAAUGAGUGGUCAGAAGUACCCAGUCCAACAUUUCCGGAGGUUGAGUAUAUGAACGGAAGUACCACCAGCAGGUAG